AUGUCUCUGAUCUUGGGUCGGCUAUUUCAUGCUGUUUCGAUCAAAUUUGUAAUUGGGUUUUCCGUUUUUGUGGGCAAUAUAGUGAUUGAUAUGUAUGUUAAGUGGUUUUGCAUGGAAGAUGCUAAGAAAUUCUUGGAUGUAAUGCCUGAGAGGAGUAUUGUUUCCUGGACUAGUGUUGUUGCUGGCUAUACUAGGGACGGUGAUAAUCUAAAGGGGUUGGAGCUUUUGACAAGGAUGGUUCGAGAGGUUCAUCGACCUGAUCAACCAGUACUUCGUCUAAAUGAAGCCAAGAGAUUAUUUUCUUUGAUGCCUGAGAAAAAUGUGGUCUCGUGGACUGCCAUGAUUGUUGGAUAUGUAUGUCAUGGCGAUGCCGUGGAUGCAUUGGAUCUCUUUCUUAAGAUGAGGCUAAUAGGAAUUAAGGGGGAUGAGUAUACUGCAUCAGCUAUACUCAGAGCUUGUUCUAUGGCUGUGGCUCUAGAACCCUGGAAGCAAGGACAUGGUGAUAUUCUCAAAGGAGGGCUAGAAUUGGAUGUAUUAGCGACUAAUGCACUCAUUGACAUGUAUGGGAAGUGUGGUGAUAUUCUUAGUGCACGUGAUGUAUUUUUGGAGGAAAAAGAACCAGACUUAGCGUCAUGGAAUGCUAUGAUAUGCUGGAUUCGCCCAGCAUGCCAUGGAGGCCUUGUGGAGGAAGGCUUAGCUUACUUUAGAAUGAUGACAAAAAAAUAUAAGAUCACUUCUACAGAAGAGCACUAUAGUUGCAUGGUAGACCUUUUUGGUAGAGCUGGGUUACUAGUUGAAGCUUUGAGAUUCAUUAGAGAGAUGGAUGUGAAGCCUGGUGAUUCAGUUUGGGGUGCUUCACUUGGGGCUUGUAGAAUUCAGGGAAACAUUAGGGUUGCUGAAAGGGUAGCAAAUGAGUUAAUGGAGCUUAUGCCAGAGAACCAGUAUAUAUGCCUAGCAAAUAUCUAUGCCGCAGCUGGUCGGUGGCGGGAUGUGGGUUUUGUAAGGAAGAAAAUGGCAGUGAAGGAUAUUAAGAAAGUUGCUAGGUGCAGCUGGAUUCAAUUAGAGAAUACCGUCCAUAUGUUUGUUGUUGGAGAUGGAAAUCACCCACAAUAG